AUGACAUUCCUCCGGAGCCUUUCGCUCUCCUUCUGCCAGCUUUCAUUCGAGGUUCUCAAAGAAGAAAAGAAAGAGCUCAUUAGAGCGUUGAUCAGUGUUCAUAUUGGACAGAAGCAGACCGUCAAGACAGAUUUCAUGGACGGCAAAGGAGAAGGCCUGAUCAUUCUACUCCACGGAGGUCCAGGGACAGGCAAGACACUUACUGCGGAGAGUGUGGCUGAAUUCGCUGAGAGACCACUCUAUAGAGUGACAUGCGGCGACAUCGGAACGGACGCAGAAGGUGUAGAGAAAUACCUAGAAUCCGUACUGUUCAUUGGAAGUACAUGGGGAUGCGUCGUCUUACUAGAUGAAGCAGAUGUUUUCUUCGAAGAAAGGACACAAUCGGAUAUACAGCUACAGCUUUCCAAGACGAGAAGUUGGGGUACGGCUGGAGACAGCCCUCAGCACAUAGGUCCAUUCAUGAUCAUGGAUUAUGUUGAUGGUAUCUCCCUUGCGACUAUUCUACAGCAGCCAACGUAG